AUGGCAGAUUCAGACCCGACCUUCUCGGCCCUGAUGGACCUCCUCCGUCGAUUACCGCCCACCAAGGUCGAAUCGAACGUCAACACCCUCUGUGAACUGUGUCCGGACUAUACAGAUGAUCUCCUGGGGAAUGUAGACCAGCCUUUACUGGUUUGCAAGGAUGCAGGCGGAGGGAGGGAUUUCCUAGGGUGUGACUAUAACCGUGAUGGGGAGAGCUUCCGCUCACCAUGGACCAACUCCUACCUCCCUACGGCUACUGACGGCCCCCUCCCCUCUCCGAAGCUCCGGCAACUCGAGCAGAGCCUAAAUGGGGCGUUUGACACGUAUCGCGAGAUGUACUUUGAAGGCGGGAUCUCGAGCGUGUAUCUGUGGGACUUGGAAGAUGGAGCGGGGGCAGGGGGAUCGGGAGGGAAGGAAGUCAUGUUUGCAGGCGUGGUCUUGAUGAAGAAGACAUUGACAAGUGACGACGCAACAUCUCCAUCAGGCUCAUGGGACUCUCUCCAUGUUUUCGAAUGCCAAGAGCGGGGCAGGUCAGCCAAGUACAAGCUGACCAGUACUGUUAUACUGGUUUUGAACACGGCUACUGCCGCAAAGGCGGAAGGGAAGGGCGCUGAGGGUGCGGAGGGGUCGGGAGCGGUGACGCUGAGCGGGAGCAUGACGAGGCAGGAUGAGGUAGACGCUCCCCUUACGACCAGCUCGGCGCAUGUCCCCAAUAUCGGCAGGAUGGUAGAGAACAUGGAAAUAAAGAUGCGCAAUCUCCUCUCAUCGGUAUACUUUGGCAAGACCAAAGAUGUCACCAACGACCUUCGGAGCCAGAGCGGGCUGGAGACGAAGAGUAAGGAGGAUAUGCUCCGGGCGGAGCUUGCUGGACGCUUGGGGCAGAGGAAGGGAUGA